GCUGUAGCAGUGAAGCUGUUAACGAGAGGCGUCUCAAGCCAAGCUUUUGGCUACCGCAGAAGUGGGUCAGCGCGGUUGCCAUGGAGACGCUUUAGCAACCAAUCUUGCAACCGCUCCCUCAGUAUCUCUCCAGAAACCCUUCAAGAUUAAAGCGUCUUGUGCUGCCGUCUCUUCCUCUCCCAUCCCUUUGUCUCUCUCUCCCUCUCCAUCACUUGCUGCAUCUGCCCUGGUAGUGCCAGUGACCGGCCCUGCUCCAUGCUGCACCCCUCCUUCCAUGCCCACAGCAGCCUUACAUCUGCGAGCUGGGGUAAGGGAGGGAAGCAGGCAAACUUGGGAGAUCUCUUUGCCUUUUUCUUCAGUCAGUUCUUCUCCACGCCUCCCUGGCACCAAGACUCUGCUUGCCAGCUGAUCUUUUCUCCCCAAAAUGUUCAACGGGGAGGCUAGUUCUUCAGCCAGGAAUGUCAUCCGCAGCUCCAGCAUCAGUGGAGAGAUGUACAACCUAGAAAAAGCCAACUCAGGAACUCCAGAAGUGGCUGGCACUACCACGACCAAGAAGAGGAGAUCCAGUCUUGGGGCCAAGAUGGUGGCUAUUGUGGGGCUGUCCCAGUGGAGUAAGAGCACCCUACAAUUAAACCAAGCAGAUGGUACAACAAAGAAACUGCGCAGUAAUAUUCGACGCAGCACAGAGACAGGUAUUGCUGUGGAAAUGAGAAACCGGGUGACAAGACAAGGGAGUCGGGAAUCUACAGAUGGCAGCACUAACAGCAACAGUUCUGAUGGCACAUUUAUAUUUCCUACAACCCGAUUAGGAGCAGAGAGCCACUUUAGUCAUUUUUUGGAUGGACUUGGACCUGCACAGAUUGUAGGGAGACAAACCCUCGCUACUCCACCCAUGGGAGAUGUAAACAUUGGUAUGAUGGACAGGAAUGGUCAGCUUGAAGUGGAAGUGAUCCAGGCCAGAGGCCUUACUCCAAAACCUGGCUCCAAAUCAAUUCCAGCCUCAUAUAUUAAGGUCUACCUGAUAGAGAAUGGAGCUUGCCUGUCAAAGAAGAAGACAAGGACAGCAAAGAAAACUUGGGAUCCAGUAUAUCAACAGGUUCUUCCAUUUGAUGAAGGACCUCAGGGGAAGGUAUUACAGGUCAUUGUUUGGGGAGACUAUGGAAGAAUGGACCACAAAUGCUUCAUGGGGAUGGCACAGAUCCUACUUGAAGAGCUUGAUUUAAGUUCCUGUGUCACUGGGUGGUACAAACUCUUUCCUACUUCUUCACUAGCAGACUCCAGCAUUGCUCCCCUGACGCGCCGACUGUCCCAGUCUUCACUGGAAAGCUCCACCAGUCCAUCCUGCACCUAACCUAGGAGGAACACAUCUUUUGUUCAAUUAUUUUCUCUCUUUUUGCAGCCUAACCAGUAAACUUCCUCUUUUUUUACCACCAGAUACACAUCACAGACUGCAUUACAAAUUCAGCAGGUAAAUUCAGGGCACUAGAAAAGGAGGGAGUUAGCUGCAGCUAAGGCCCCUGUGCAACACAAAGUCCAAAGCUGCCAAUUAAAUGAUACUGCAAAAAAAAAAAAAAACACUUUUGAGACUGUUAUAAUAUUUAAUACAGAACAAAAUCCAGAUAAUUUAAACAAGGAUACUCCAAUCAAAAUAUGCUCAACAAAGCAGUCCAUAUUAUCUAGGUAACACAGAGAGGGCUGUAAAGUCAAAUAAUCAGCUGCCUUGGCAACCUUUACUCUUCUUGAGUAAGUGUAUAGCUAAUGCAAUUCUCCGACACUUGAAAAUGCUAUGUAUCAUUCUGUUAAAAGAGAACAAACACAAAAGAAGCACACUAAACGGCACAUCGAUGCCAAAUUACAGUAUCUGGAAUUCGAUCAAUCACUUUCACUGAGGAUAUCUCACUGGCUUCUCACCCUUUCCUUGUCAGUUUUUUCAUCUAAAUCAAAUUUCUCUCCCUUUCCUACUACCUACCCUCCUCAGGCAAGACAAGAGCUGCAUUUUACUAAGAUGGCGACUGUGAUAUCAUGUAUAUUUCAUAGACCACUGCAUACAAUCACAAAUAUGAAUGCAUUUACAUAUAUCUAUAUAGCAGAAUGAUAUUUUUUCAGGUAUCAGAAUAUUUUUUUUUACAUUUUUUGCUUUAUUUAAAACGGAAUGUAACAUUUCAAUGUGCAGAUUUAUUUUGAACAAAAAGAAUUGCAGACAAGACACUUGAUGCUUCUCUUCUACACUUUCUUUUUGUGGCACAGAUAAGCAAUCUUGUUUAGAUAUAUACAUAUAACUGCAUGUCGCUUUUUUGUGGAGUUAAACUAAAGCAACAAACUUACACUAUUUAUUUUUAUUUUUAAGUGCAUUAAAGAAUUUGCACUGCUCCAAACAUUUUACACUAUUUCAUGUCUAGAAGGCCUGCUACAUGCUUCUUUUGCACAAAGAUAAUGUUCCUGACAAACCAAGUUUAACGUACCACAGAGCUGGGUGGUCCAUGGCUAGCAAAAACUGUUUGCUCAGGGAAAGAUACAGCAGGCCUAUGGUUUUAUUUUGCAAAUGGCAUGACAAUUGUUUGUGUGUAUCCUUCAAGUACAGAGCUAAAGCAUUUCCUACAACUCAGAUACAAAGUUCUACCUUUGACCAUGGGCAAUGCCUAGUAAUAAAAAAAAGAAAUGCCUAGCCAAGUCAGGAUACAGGUUGGAGCUAAAACUCCAGGAGCACACAUGUAGCAUGUGACCUGAUGUAGCAACCAAUCCUAUUUCUCUAAGGAUAUCUACAAUAACAACUCAGGGCUGCAAACUGUAGUGGACAUAAAACAUGAGAGAAGACUAAGAUCUUCUCUAGCGUUGGUAGCAAAGUAUACUUGUUGUGCUAGUCUUCAUCAUUUUCUAACAAACCCAAUACAAUGCCUGCAGAGAAUGAUCCUUACAUUAACAAAACAUUUAUGUAUUCCUUCUAUAAAAAAAAUUAAAUGGAAAUAAAAUAAGAGGAAUCAAAUAGAAUAUACAUCAUUGCUUACGAUAAAAGGCUUCAGAGAGGGAUUUUAGAAUGGACACCAUCGCACCAAAAGAGUAUAGGCCGACAAUGGACUGUAAUAUAAGCAAAUUUCGUUUUAUUCUAUUUGCCAGUAGACACCAAUGGGUGUCGAGGUGAAUAUUUUGUACUGUCCAUGAUGCACAAUUACCUAAAGG